AUGACCCUCAUCUACCACACCCCCUACUGCGAGACUCUUCGAGGAGACGAGGAAUCGCCUGCCGCCGAGAUCAAACACGUCUACAUGCCGGCGCCACCUCAAGCCUCCUAUACGAGCCUCCUGACGCCUGUGACAGAAAGCAUCGUCAGCGCAGCCAAGCAUCUUCCUAGAGAACUAUUCUCGCGCGGCCUACGGAAAUGGCUCCCUGAGCCCAAAGACCCCCUAGCAGACCGCUGGAUCCUCAAGGAUGCCGUCUUCGCCGAGAUCAAGCAGCUGCUCAUCGACUACGGCAGAGCAAGCUGGAGCUACUGCCCGCGCACCUUUUCGGUCCUGUGGAUAAUGGGCGUCUCGGACGAAACGAUCGACAGGUUCAUGGCUGAUGACAGAACGGACCACUAUCUUCCCUACAACGAAGGCAAUCUCCCCGACGUCAUUAGGGGUGCCAAGCUGCGAGGCCGUUUCCUUGCGCUGCAAAAGUCGGUGCGCUGCAAGAGAGAAGGAGAUGUCGCUGCGCUCGAGGCGGGCGGGAAGCAUGUGACGCUGUCCGGCGACGUUCAGACCUACUUCUACCCUAUGAUGAACCUAGGCCGCGGUCGGUUUGCACAGGUCGACAAGGUGUACAGUUGCCAGACGACCAAGACUUACGCGAGGAAGAUGAUACAUAGAGGCCAGUCAGUGCUAGAGGACAUGACGCAGCUUGCGGCUUUCCAAAAGGAGCUAAAGACACUCAAGACGCUCUCUCACCGGCACGUGGUGCAGCUUGUCGGCUCAUAUACGCACCCGACGCACCUGGGGCUGAUUAUGAGUCCCGUUGCCGACUACGACCUGCUUGGCUAUCUCCUGACCGAUCAGGUCAGCUCGGACGAUCGGAAGCGGACUCUGCGUGGCUUCUUCGGAUGCCUUGUUACGGCCUUGGCCUACAUCCACAGCAAGAAGGUGCGGCACAAGGAUAUCAAGCCUAGCAACAUCCUGGUCAAAGACGGGCAGAUACUCCUGGCAGACUUUGGCACAUCCAGGAUAUGUCUUGACGGCCACUUGACCACAAACGGGAACUGCAGAGAGGGGACGCCACGGUACUGGGCCCCAGAAGUAAUGGAUGGCGCUGACCGCAACACGGCCAGCGACAUCUGGUCCCUCGGGUGCGUCUUUCUCGAGAUGGCAACCAUCCUGCUUGGCCACACACACGAUGACAUGUUGCGCUUCUUUGAGCGCCGCGGCACCGAGGAUCCACACCGAAUCUGCCUGAACCCGCUAGCGACAGAGCUCUGGAUCGAAAAACUCCGGGCGGUUGCUGGGUUCGACCACGCAGUGCUCGGGUGGAUAUCUAUGAUGCUACGCCCCAAGUCAGACGAGAGGCCAACUGCUGCGCAACUGCGCGGGAUGGUCCUCGACGCCAGGUCCCAAUUCGACUACAUAUGCCCUGAGUGUGCUUCAGUUGAUGGUAUCUUUUCCUCCGAAUCACCGACUUCUGCGCAGCUUGUGCACGGAGGAGCUCUGCAGUCUUCGGGUCUCAUCACUCAAGGCGAUUGUCAGGUCCUUAAGUUCCUCCCCGAACAGGAGACAACCCACCCGGCCGGGGGGAACGCGAGUGGCGAGGAGAAUGAAACAGCCGCUCAGUUGACUAGCCAACCAAGUAGUCCCAAGCAAGCCGCUGCUGCUCAAGAAAUCGGCAAAGCCGAAAAGACAAAGCCCAAUGGCGAUCCGCCUCCACCACAAGUCCAUGAGCAAGAAGGCGCGCAACCACGCCCGAAAUCCUCACAAGACAGCAAUGCCACCGGUGUUCUGAGCCUCGCUGGCGCUGUCGCAACUGUAUCCACUCCCGGGCCGACCGAGUCCCCUGCCUCAGCCCCGGCGGGCAAGAUCCCCAAAAAGACGAGAUUCUCUUCAACCAGUGGCGACGAGGGUGACUCGGGCCGCUUUAGAGGACUUCCCUUGCCGCUACGCCCUGAGACCACCCAGCCGGGCCAGACAUCACACGAGGUUGAGGCUUCAGACGAAGAGUUUGUCUGCCCAGAUCGCCUUUCCCCGCCACCGUUCCGCCAUUCUGACUGUCUCCCGUUGCCCCGCGCCUCCUUGGUUCCCUCGUACAUCCUAGCUGGAACAAACCACUUCUCCCCGCAGGAGAUCCAGAAAUCCUCCGCCUCCUCUCGGGCCAAAUACGUUUUUGUCUAUGGCCGCCUGAUGUUCCCAUCGGUCCUGAACGCCAUCGCCUCCCAGUCAACAGCCUCUCCGUUUUACAGUCCGAUCCUGCAGCGCCGCCUCCGGCCCGCUACGGAGGACUGGGGCAAGGCCGACUGGUCCAUCCAGCGGGCCAGCGAGCUCAUGACACCCGCAAAGCUGAAGGGUUAUGACCGAUGGAGGCCGCAGGGGCUCGACUGCGCGGUCAUACAACGGUCGGCGGAGUAUACCGAAAGUAUUUUGAGGAGGAGAGGGAGGAAAAGAUAUAGGAAGAUCCAACCUUCUGGCGAGGUAGUGGGAUUUUUAAUUGUUGGCCUUCGACCUGAGGCAUUGAGGUACCUGGAUCUGCUAUUCUCUUAUAGCGACAGCAACCUGUCCAGUCUCAACCCCGCCCACCUAGCCGACCGCUCCGGAGGCGGAAGCGUCGUGUCCAGACUCAGUUCCGAGCCCGAAGGAGCGCCGCUUCUACAGGGAGAGAAUGUCAGCGUGGAGGUAGAACUCAACAACGGGCGCGUGGCGACGGUGGACGCGUGCACCUACGUCUGGUCACAGGGUGCAAUGGAUCUGUUGAGCCCUUGGAGCGAGGAGAACUUUGUGCGCGGGUCCGAGUUCCAGGCCAUGCUGGGGAGCAAGCCCGAGCGGCAAAUGCAAGAGAUGGGUUUGGCUCGGACGAUGCAGGUAUCCUUCUCGCUGGUGGGUGACUUCUUGGCCCAUGCCGUACUCGAAGGGGAUCUCGAAGACCUGGAGGCGGCAUUGGAUCACCGCAAGGGAUCCUGCGAUCCGAACGCGCCCUGCCGCGUCCACGGCACUGCCCUACAGGUGGCCGUGGUGGCGGGGCGCGGUGACAUGGUCGAGCUGCAGUUGAAACAUGGCGCCAACGUCAAUCCCGCCUCAGGCGGACGGUAUGGGACACCCCUUAUUGCUGCGGCGUGCGCGUCCCGCAAGGGCAUAACACGCAUGCUCCUGGAGCACGGCGCCGACGUGUACAGAACACACGGGGAGCACGUCGGCGCCCUGUACCAGGCCGUCGGGCACUCGGACUACACCGUCACCGAGAUGCUGCUCGAGCACGGCGCCUGGCUGGCCGAGGACUGGGGCGAGAUCCUGGACCUGGCGGCCGAGGUCGGCGACGACGAGAUCGGCGGCCUCCUGGCGAGUUACGACGUCCUCGACAUGCACAGGCGCUACCUACUCGCGCGGCCGGACAGGGUCGCCAAGAUCGCGAGGCAGGUGCCGUACGGGCGGAUCCUCGAGGCGGUGGCGCACAAGUGCGCGGCCGCGCAGACCGUGGGAGGCCGGUGGAGGGGGCGCAAGGGCGUCGCCGUCGUGGCCGCGGCGCUCAACGCCGGCGCGCCCGUCACGAUUCUUUCGGCGCUGAGGAGGGCAGUCAGGCCCGUGCAGGAGCUGUUUGAGCUGCUCCGGCGGCACGACGAGAUGGAGGAGCGGGAGCACGAGCGGGCGAUCGAAAAGGGAGGGGAUAAGGAGGGCGGCGGGUCGCCGGCUUGGGAGAUGAGCGACUAUGAGGAAGACGAAGAUGAUGUUGAAGGCGAGGAGCCUACAGGGAGGAGCAAGCGGCACAAGAUUGACUUUGAGUGGAAAGGCUCUGGGGGUGCUGAUCUGGACAACAGUACUAGAAGAAGCUAAAUCGCGG